AAAAGGCUUUCCCUGUGCUGGGACGAGCUCAUGGACGUUGGAUUGCCUUGACCAUCUACCAGCACCACGCGAAGGUGGUGAAUGAAGCGCGCAAAGCGAAAGUCUACAGAGAGACUACUACUGCUGCUUCUUCCCAAGACGACGAUAACAGCCACGAGCACGACGUUGCCCAUGGAGUGUCAUCUGCUCGCGUCGAUAACGAGAAUACCCGCUGCGAGACACCCGCUUCCAUCUUCUCUGAAGACAAUAGUAUUGACUAGGCUGCAUCGAGAGUUGUGGCCAAUUAUGCGGAGGAAACAUUGGCUAACAAGAUGUAGCGUCAAGCAAACAAGAUUGCGCAUGUUUCCAAGGCAAGUCCGUCCCAUCUUUGAUGUUAUAAGACUGACCAGUGGCCAGAAGUCAAGCAAAGAUCGAUCCACCUCCUCGUCUCGCAAGUCUGGAAGAACAUCAAAGCUAUCACGCAGAGCACAGGACGCUGAGCAAGGCAGCGCUAUUAUGACCAAGGCCAAGACUGCAGCAUCACAAGCAAAAACGGCGCACAAGUCUGCCAAGAAGGCCAAGAAAGCGGCAGCACGUCUGUAG